UCUGACUGCGGCGUCGGCUUACCCGCCGGUGGAAGCUUGAUGUGGAGUUUGUUGGGGGAUUCCGGCGAUGUGUGGACCAAGCUCUGCGCGCUUAUUUGAAUUCGUCUUUGGUUUUGAGAUUUUCUGGUGUGGAAUCUUUAGAGAUGUUUGAUUGGAACGACCAGGAGCUUGCAAAUAUAAUAUGGGGCGAGGCAUGCGAGAGUGAUGACCAUAUUGUGCCUUAUCCUGAGGCAACUGAUGAAUACCUAGACAAAAAGGUAAAUAACCAAGAAUCUGAUACCAUCAAGUCUACUGAGCAUAAGGCGCUUGGGUCCAAAGUUGAUUUGCAUGGGACAGAGCUGGAAACCAGUUCCAACUUCAAGACCAGUGAAGGAAUUUCUACUUCUGGAUUUGGAACAGACUCAUGGCCUGACUUAUCCUUAUCUAGUUUGGAUAAAAGUGAACAACAUUGCAUGGCCGAGGCAAAUCAACUUGACAAAGGUGCUGAACUUUUUCAAAAUACCGAUGAAGCUAAAGAACAAUUUGUUGAUUAUGGGUGGGCUAAUAUAGGAAGCUUCGAUGAUCUUGAUCAAAUUUUCAGCAAUGAUGGAUUCAGCCAGGGAAGUCUUGGUAAUGUGGAUGAGCUUUGGUCAUCCAGGGAUGCAACUAAUAGUCCAAUCAAAGCAUUUCCUGUGACUUCAGACUCCCCAAGUUCUGGGUCAGGAGCAUUAAGGAAUGUGUCAGAGCGUUCAGAAAUUAAAAUAGAAUAUGUGCAGCAAGAGGAACAGGCAGUUUCCACUGGCUAUGGGAAGACAGUUUAUCCUGCAGAUGGUCUGCGGAAUACGCCUGUAACUCUUGAUCAUGUAGGAUAUGCUGUGGGAAAAAGUAAGCCCACAGAAAAGGACCUGACAGGGUCUGACAACAGCACUGUAACAAAUUUUUACCAAGCUGCUGUAAAUUCUUCUUCCUCAACUGAAAUUCCUGACAAGGUAUCCAGGCAGAAGAAGUUUUUGAGGUCUCGUAAAAAGCUGGAGGACAAAAAUGAGGGGAAUUCAUUGCAAGAUCUUUAUAGUAGUAAUUGGUCUUCAACAAGAAACCCUUCCGGACAUUAUGAUAACCAGUUGCCAAGCCUUAUGGUUCAAUCAUCUCCCACAUCAAUUCUUGGUCACAAGAGACAACUUCAAGGAUCUGAGUCUUUUCCAUACCAGCCUGUGUCAAAUCAAUAUGUGUCUCCGACUAUGUAUGGGACUGUCACUAAUGCACGCCAGGCUAUGCCAGUGCUUUCUCACAUUCAUCCUGGGCAGAUUAAGCAUCAAAUUUUUCUUUCUGGUUCUGACGUUUCUCCAAGUAGUGCUAUAACCACGUCAGCAGAUACUUGUGCCACACUUCCGACCAUGACUGCUCAGGAAAAAAUCGAAAAGUUAAGAAGGCGGCAGCAAAUGCAGGCAUUGCUUGCUAUUAAGCAACAACAGCAACAAUUUAACCAUCAAGUCCCAUGCACCAAUCAGACUGCCACACAAAUUUGUCCCCAAGAAAAUCAAAUUCAGCACUCUGAUAGAGCUGAUCUGGAAGUUGAAGAUUUAAGCACUCUUCCUUCUGUGGACCCAAAUUCACCCAUAGAACAAGAUGAUUCAUAUACAGUUUCUGCAGCCGUUGAAUACUCAGCAGAGGACACAAUACUCAACCGGCUUCAAGAUAUUAUAGCAAAGUUGGACAUCAACACAAGACUUUGUAUACGGGAUAGCUUGUUGCGGUUAGCUCAAAGUGCAGUGCAAAGGCAUCAUACAAGUGAUACUAUCAGUUCCAACAGUAAAAACAAGGAGGAGCCUGAAACAGUUGCAAAGGAGAAAAUCAGUGGUUGUAACAGGUACACUAGCAUGCCAGAUGUAGAGACUGAGACUAAUCCUAUAGAUCGAAUUGUGGCUCAUUUGCUCUUUCAUCGGCCUUUGGAUCUAUCAGGAAAACAUUCUGGUGCACCAGAAUCACCUGCGUCUAGCAAGAUGCCAUGUGAGCGUAAAACAGCAGGCUUAGUGAGUUUGUCAAACAGAGUAUUGCCCGACAGUGUGAAGAACAAAACCUACUCUCAUCAAGAAUCUGGAAACCAUUGCCCAGAUCCUGAUCCCCGGUCUGCGGAUCAGAAAUUUCCUUGCAUGAACAAGUCAGAAAACCUAUCGAACACUGGGCCAGCCGAUGGUGGAGGUGACACUAUGGAGGUCGAAGCCUCUAAUUGAAAAUGAUUAUGCAUGGCAGAAUUCUACAAGGCCAACUAUGAUCUUCAGUUUAGAGUGGUCAUGGAGCUCAAACAACAGAUUACUGAGGAGGAGUAUCCUAUACAAUAAAGCUGCACUGAAAAUCAAUUGGAUACUUUCCAUGUUUAAAAAGUAUGUUCAGUUUCAAUAUGGUUAGUUAUCUAUGGCAGAUUGAUAUUGGUCUGUAUCCUUAAUGAUAUUGAAGCCAAUACCAGCUAUGUGUAAGACUCGAGUGUAGUAGCAUCAUGACAUGUCUAGCUAGUAUGGGCGGAUUGGUGCUUGCCAAAUCUGCUGUUUUGCUAGUGUUUGUAUAGUCACAAGUUCUACUUGUUGCAAGGGAUAACCGGCAAUGAUUUUAGAUGCAUGUAGAAACUUGCGUACUUGUAAGCAACUGUACUGGUUUCUUUCUUUAAGAGCUGUUACGUACCAUUUAUUGCACCA